GAUUGUGGAAUCAUCAUGGCUACCGUUCUCACUCGCGCUGUUCUUGGAAAGCCGCAGGUUUUUGGUUCGCUCAGUGGCGUCCGUUUCUAUGCUGCAUCCGUUCCUACUACAAAACUUUUCAUCAAUGGAAAAUUUAUUGAAUCCAAAGCAACAAAAUGGAUUGAUCUUCAUAACCCUGCGACGAACGAGGUGGUGACGCGCGUGCCGGAGUCGACGCGAGACGAGAUGCUGGCGGCGGUCGGUGCGGCGAAGCAGGCGUUCGGCGAGUGGUCGCGCACGACGAUCCUCACGCGGCAGGCGUGCAUGUUCCGCCUGCAGCACCUCGUCAAGCAGGAGCAGCGGCACAUCGCCGAGAACAUCACGCUCGAGCAGGGCAAGACGAUUCCGGACGCCGAGGGCGACGUGCUGCGCGGACUGCAGGUUGUCGAGCACUCGUGCAGCAUCACGUCUAUGCAGCUCGGUGAGACGAUGCCGUCUGUUGCCAAGGACAUGGACAUCCACUCGUACCGCGUGCCGCUCGGAGUCUGCGCCGGAAUCACGCCCUUCAACUUCCCCGCGAUGAUUCCGCUGUGGAUGUUUCCGAUGGCGGUCGUCUGCGGCAACACAAUGGUGCUGAAGCCAUCCGAGCGCGACCCCGGCGCGACGAUGAUGCUCAUGGAGCUCGCACAGGAGGCUGGGAUCCCUGACGGAGUGCUCAACGUGAUUCAUGGCUCCGUGGAUGCUGUUAACUUCAUCUGCGACAACCCCGACAUCAAAGCUAUAUCCUUCGUCGGAUCUGACCAUGUCGGUCAGCAUAUCUACGAGCGCGGAUCGAAGGCGGGCAAGCGCGUCCAGUCAAACAUGGGAGCGAAGAACCACGGCGUCAUCAUGGCGGACGCCAACAAGGAAGCCACUCUCAACCAGCUUGUGGGAGCAGCAUUCGGGGCGGCGGGACAGCGUUGCAUGGCUCUGCCCACUGCUGUGUUCAUUGGCAAGGCAAAGGAGUGGAUACCUGAACUGGUGGAGCGAGCGAGUCGACUAAAGGUCAAUGCAGGCUGCCAGCCGGGCACGGACGUGGGUCCGCUGAUAUCACCGCAGGCCAAGGACCGAGUGUGUCGUCUCGUGCAGUCGGGCGUCGACGCCGGCGCCACCUUGCUGCUGGACGGACGCGACGUCACAGUGCCCGGAUACCCGAACGGAAACUUCAUCGGACCGACCGUGAUGACGAACGUCGCGGUGGACAUGGAGUGCUAUAAGGAGGAGAUCUUCGGCCCGGUGCUGCAGUGCAUCACCGUCGACACCCUCGAUGAUGCCAUCGACAUGAUCAACUCGAACCCGUACGGCAACGGGACGGCCAUCUUCACGACGAACGGUGCCACCGCUCGCCGCUUCACGCAUGAGAUCGACGUCGGACAGGUCGGGAUCAACGUGCCGAUCCCUGUGCCGCUGCCCAUGUUCUCAUUCACAGGAUCACGGGGGUCAUUCCGUGGUGACGUCAACUUCUACGGGAAAGGAGGUGUCCAGUUCUACACACAGAUGAAAACUGUCACGUCGCUGUGGAAGGCAGAGGAUGCCACAGACACAAAGGCACAGGUUGUCAUGCCGACGAUGCGCUAAACAGACAGUUGCUACGGCAGCGGAGAGCGAGCGGUCAAGGAGUAGGGAUUUUUGGAGUCGUUCGACGUACACCACUGAUCCAUGGGGGAGGGGAUUUAGAGAUUACCGGAUAGGGAGAAUGCACAGUAUCAUGAAUAGUGAUUUAUCGAUUUUUGCGGACGACCCGGCGUUUGUCGUGCGUUAUUACCCGGUGAUACGAGGUUUUGGCGGGUGACCUCUGACCCCGUCCCACGACGCAUGUGCGGCAGCAUCAUUUUUUCGCGCUCGUCUGGGGCGGGGAGCAUGGUUUUCACUCGCAAAUCAUGAAUGGCGGCAAAACGGAAUCACGCGACAAGUGGCGUCGCCGCGACGUAAUGCGACGGAGGGACGGUCUCGCGACGAGAACACCAAGAACGGCAAAUGGUUCGCACAGUCGCGGCGGCGAAGUAGCGACGAUCGUUUGCUGAUCGAGUGCUGAGUGUCGAGAGAAAUUAAAUGGACGAAUCUCUACGCGACUGUGCGCGAUGCUUUCUCCAGAUGUUUGCAGUCUAGCUUACAUGCAUGUAGCAUUGUAGUUAGUACUCGAGCCACCGGAAGGAGGCCAGUUCACGCGGCGGCGUCGAUUAGCAGUGGUAGCGUGGUAAAUUAGAAACACGGGUAUGUUUGUUGUGCGGCGUGCGGAGUGUCGACAGUAGCACCAGCAUGCAGAUGUCGUGCGUGACGACGACUUGAGGUGGCGAUUCGGGUGGUGAAUUUCACUGUUAAAUUUUACAUAAAUAAAUUAGGUGUUACGCAA